ACUGUUUGCCUUGCCUGGCGGGACUGUGCCAUACUUUGUUGUUUGUUGUGUUUAAAAAAAUGUUUAACGCGUAUUGUACGGAUCGUACUUAAAAGAACUUUUGUCAUUUUGUUGAUUAAUUAAAAAAUAAACUAACAAUAUUUUAGAUUCAAAUAAAUCUCAAAACGGGUCAAAUGGCAGCUAUUCUUGGUGGCGGUUUAGGUGGUUUAUCGACAGGUUAUUAUUUGCUGAAAAAUAACUUGACCAACAACAAUAACUUGAAAGUAAUGCUUCUCGAAGCAACGGACUACUGUGGCGGAUGGAUAAAGUCUAUUAAAACUAAAGAUUACAUAUUCGAACAAGGCCCACGGACGAUCCGGCCGAAGGGUACGAUCGGGUUGAAUACUUUAAACAUGAUGCAAGAUUUGGGACUCAGCGAGCAUAUUUCUGCUAUAAAACCGGAUCACCCUGCAGCUAGAAACCGAAUGAUUUAUGUUAAUAACACUUUACACAUGCUUCCAUCUAGUUUGAAAGGGGUUUUUCAGAAGCGCAAGCCUUUUUCGAAGCCACUCAUUUACGCAGCUCUUAACGAUCUUAGAUCACCACAGAAGGAGUUGAAAGAUGACUCGAUCUAUAACUUUGUUGAGAGGAGGUUCGGUAAAGAGAUAGCAGACUAUGCAGUUGCGCCAAUGAUUUGUGGAAUCUGUGCGGGUGAUGCCAAGGAGAUUUCUGUUAAAUUCCUGAUGAAAACAUUAUUUGAGUAUGAACAGAACGAUGGAGGCGUGAUAAAGGGAGUAAUGAAGUCAUUCUUCAGAUCGAACCACCAGCAAGAGAUAAAGUUGAGUGAACUGGCAAAAAGGGCUAUAGAGGAAAAAUGGAAUGUGUACUCAAUAAGAGGUGGCCUUGACACCAUCCCUGCAGUAAUGAAACAGUACCUUAAAGACCAUGAUGUUGACCUACAGCUCAAUAGCAAAGUGGACGAGAUUGAGUUCAUUGACUCCAGCUUAGUCAAUCUUAAGAAGGGCAAUGGAGAAGUUUUAUCAGCUAACCACAUAUACUCAUCCAUACCAUCGCAUGUUCUGGCUAAAUUAGUAUCGAGACAGCACCCAGAUUUGACCAAAUUAUUAAAUGAUAUCCCUUUUGUCACAGUUGGUAUUGUAAACUUGUAUUUUUCAACUCAAAAACCUUUGAUAACGCCAGCGUUUGGUUUCCUAGUGCCUCCUAUUGAGAAUUCUCCUAUAUUGGGCGUUGUAUUUGAUUCUUGCUGCAUUCCAGAUCAAAACGGCACAGUUUUAACUGUCAUGUUAGGGGGAAGGUGGUUUGUAGAAAAGUUUGGGGCUGAUGUGACCAAAGAAAAACUUUUAGAUAUAGCAGUUAAAGAAAUUAAAAUGAUUUUGAAAAUUGAUGAAGCAGUGUCGGCAUACCAUGUAAAUAUUUUGCACAAAUGCAUACCCCAAUAUGUGAUAGGUCAUUACGAGAGGGUGGGUAAAAUAAGAGAGUAUGUGAGUAGGAACAACUUGCCAAUAUCUUUAGUUGGUAGUAGUUAUGACGGAGUGGGUAUCAAUGAUGUUAUUUAUUCUGCUAAGACUCAAGUUGAAGAGGAUAUUAAUAAAUAAGACUUAUGAGUGAGUUCCUGUGGUAGUGGGGCGUGCGGGAGGGGUGUGAUGACGUCACUCGAGAGCUGUCACCCUCCCGCACCUCUCCACUACCACAGGAACCUCCUCAGUUCUGCACUAUACCCUUUAAGUGAUUUGUACAAUAAAAAAGACACUAAAUAUUCUUCCUACUGUAUAAUACUCGACAUACGUCCAAAGUAAGAUUGUAUAAUGAAAAUGCUCUGAGGAUACCAUCUCAAUAAUCCAUAUUAUAUUCAAACUUUUUAUUUACCUAAUAUUAUAAAUGCGAAAGUGUAUCUGUCUGUAUGCUAGCUUUUCAUACAUAAUAGUGAAAUUGAUUUGAUUUUGAUAGCUACAGAGUUAGCUUACAUCUCUGGAACGGAUAUAGGCUACUUUUUAUCCUGGAAAAUCAAAGAGUUCCCAUGGGAUUUGUACAAAACCUAAGUCGAAAGUGGAUGCUUGUUCAAUAAUUUGUUGUUGAAUUAUUUAUUUACUUUUAAUGUGUUUCAAAUGAAUUUACCUACAUAUAUUUAAAUAUGUUAAAGUUGAUGUCAUAACUACAAGUAUACUAAUAUAUUAUACUCCACUCAACAGAAUCACACUAAUAUUAUAAAGGAGAAAGUUUGUAUGUGUGUGUGUGUGUGUGUGUGUAUAUGUUUGUUACUC